AUGGCAAAACGUCGUCAUAAGAAGAUACGAGUGGAUGAGAACGAUGAUUGCACGUCGUCGACGAAAAGAAAUCGAUCGAGCAAGAAAGACUUGAAAGACAUGAUGGAAGAGAUCAGCGAUAGCACGAAUGAUUCCAGCGAUCCGAAGGGCACCGCAAUCGGGUGCAAUAAAGCGACGAAAUUGGGCGAUCAAUCGCACUCGAAAACAAUCGGUAAUUUCUCUUGGUUCUAA